AUGCAGUCCAUCGAGCGUGUAAGACAGAACCCAGAAAUAUCAAACAAGAUUCCGACUGCAAAUCGUAUAGUUGUAGAACCGUUUCAGUGCAUAGCUGACAGCCAACCAGAAGGAAGCACGACGGCUGAGAUACUGCCAGGUUGCCCAAAACUAGACAGGAGCAGACGAGAUACCGGGGUUGGGUUCGAACCACAUACCUUCCUGCCAACGGUCGAGAAUGGGCUUUACGGACCGCACUUUCAAACCCCGUCAGCUGUUAUGGAGGCCGCAUGUGCACCUCUUCGCACCGGAUUAUGUUCGGGACCGGCUGGGAUAGCCCUUCGAGAUUUAAGUAGUGCCACCGUUCGGUCUGAUAUCCAGUGCUUGAGUGCACCUGGUUGGGUCGUGCCACAGGCAAAAUUCCCGCCCAAUACUAUUAUUAUUAUUAUUAUAAUAUUAGGUGAGACUGAGUGUCUGUGCAUGCCGGGAAGCUUGGUGGACCCGAAAGGCCGAGGAAAUGGAAGAUGCAAAACGUCCGCAAAUGCAAACGUCCGUUCAAGUGGUCCUCAGAAGCCCCUUUUAAAUUACUGGGGAUCGAAGUGGCUCCCUGAUAUCCAGCGAAGCAGAACGUUUGAACCGGUGGGCACAUUUAAUCAAACAGCAAUUCAGUUGGCCAACUGCUAUCUCUAA